AUGGCUCCGGCUCUGUUCCAUUAUUACCUGCUACAAAUCGCAGGAACCAUCCAUAAAACGGGUUCUUUUACUAUCAACCCAUAUAGCUGUGAACAGUCGAAAAUAAAUCAGAGUAGAACAAUGCGAUCAAAUGUUGACAGAGCGAUGCGCCAGUUGAUGGACCCCAGCAGGAAGUUAAGAAUUGAUGUUACUGGGGAUCGCCGUUAUAGCGUAGGUCUUGACUUAGGAUUCCUAGAAAAUACAAGUCGAAACGAUAUGGGUUAA